GAUACUCUGGCCCCGCCCACACUCUGCCUGCGUCACCACCUGCCGCUGUCAAUCAAACGCGAGUUUGCUGCUGUCAAACACCGGCACUUUUACCAUCAAUCAUAAAUCAUAACUCGGCACGGUAUAAACGCUCAGGAUUCAUAAACAGACUUAUAUUCGAACCACUUAUAGUUACUCGCGUUGAACUGAACCAAAGUUAAAGUUUGUGUGUUACUUCAGCGAGUUAGCAGGUACGUUAACAAACAACAACAAACCGACAUAAAGUAAAUUACCUCAGAUUAGAAGUGUUUGACUGCAAAAACAUGUCGACGUAAAGUUUGAAGUCACAGAUUAGACGUGUUUGACUGCUGAACCGUGCAGAAUGUGAGCGUUCAGCAGGUGAAUGUGCUGAGGCGGCGUCGCGGUUAAUCUUAGCUCGAGGUCGGCGCGAAACAUGCGCCUCGAAGCCGCCGGAGAAACCGCUGGAUCGGGCUGAAGCUGUGCUGACUCCGCGGAUCCGAGCCGGUGAGAGUCUAAGGAUGUCUGCGUUGCUCAGGGUUUGGCAUCUUCUGGCCGUCUGGACGCUCCUCGCAGCGUCGUCUUCUCAGAGGAAUGCUGUGGAUUUCUCCGAGAGGUUUGGGAACGCCCUGCCGUCCCUCAGUCGCCCGGCUAACGCCAGCCAGAUCUUCUACAGCAUCAUGUUUGACGCGGGCAGCACCGGCACCCGCAUCCACGUCUACACCUUCAUCCAGAAAGACCCGGACGGACUGCCGGUGCUGGAUAAUGAGAUGUUCCACUCGAUGAAGCCCGGUCUCUCUGCGUUCGCCGACAUCCCUGAGAUUGCCGGUCAUACGGUGCGUCAGCUGCUGCGCGUGGCCAAGAAGACGGUUCCUCCGGUGGAGUGGAAGAGAACGCCGGUUCUGUUCCGAGCCACGGCUGGACUGAGGCUGCUGCCGCCGGCUAAAGCUCACGCGCUUCUGGAGGAGGUGCAAGACGUCUUCGAUGAAUCUCCGUUUUACGUGCCUGUCGAUAGCGUCAGUAUCAUGAACGGCAUGAAUGAAGGGAUUCUGGCCUGGGUCACAGUCAACUUCCUGACAGGACGACUCCACAGAAACACACAGAAGACGGUGGGAAUCCUGGAUCUGGGCGGAGGAUCCACACAAAUCACCUUCCUGCCCAAAUCAAGGAAAACCAUCGAGCACGCUCCAGCGGAUUACAUGGUGAGGUUCGACAUGUUCAGCAGCAUGUAUGAGCUCUACACACACAGUUACCUUGGAAAUGGAAUCAAAGCGGCGCGUCUGUCGGCUCUGGGAGCGCUGGGUUCAGACGCAGGUCUGGAAAAGAAAGUUUUCCCAAGCUCUUGUUUGCCAAAAAAAUACACCGGUGAAUUCAGCUUCGGAGGAUUCAAUUAUCACGUCAGCGGAGUCACUGACGGUGUGACGGGCUUUAAAGCGUGUUAUCAGGAGAUGCUGAAGGUGGUGAAGGGCAUCAUUAAACAGCCUCACGAGCUGAAGGACAGCAACACCUUCUACGCCUUCUCUUAUUACUUCGAUCACGCCGUGGAGGCCGGACUCAUCGAUGAGAGCAGAGGAGGAGCCGUGAGGAUCCGAGACUUCAAGAAAAGAGCCAAAGAGGUGUGUAACCGUCCAUCUAAACGCACUCAGCUCUAUCCGUUCCUCUGCAUGGAUCUCACAUACAUCGUCUGUCUGCUCAAAGACGGCUUCGGCUUCAAGGAAAGCACCGUCCUGCAGCUGACCAAGAAGGUGAGGAACGUGGAGACCAGCUGGGCUUUGGGAGCUGCUAUCUACCACUACCAGAAGUUCAGGAUCCAUUAAAGAGCUUCAUGUCUUCAUCAGAGACUUGUGGAAUCCAUCUCUGGGAUGAACUGAUUCCUCAGGAGCUUUCUGAGACGAGCACUGAUCUGCAGACCACAAUAUGCUGCUGUUGUUUACAUCACUGAGCGAAUGCGUUACGGUUUACAGCAGUCUGUCUUUAAUGCAGCACUGAGCAUUUCUUUUUCCCCAAUUAAAAUUAAUAACAUGUACAUUUGUCUCCAUUAACUUUCUAAACUUUUUCUGGAUUGAAGCAGAUUUAAGUUCAAGCAUAUUCCAGACAGAAUCCUGGAUAACAGCAAAUGCAGUGAAGAAGCUUUCCACACCAGCUCCAGACUAUUUACAGAAACAGCACUGAAAACACUGUCUCUCAUUAAAAAACUUUUCACUCUUCAAAUCACUUUUUUUGCUCGUCAAAUCGUCAAAAAUCACUUUUCACUCGUCAAACAUCACUAAAAAUCACUUUCACUCGUCAAAUCAUCAAAAAUCACUUUUCACUCGUCAAACAUCACUAAAAAUCACUUUUUCACUCGUGAAAUCACUUUCACUCGUCAGAUAUCACUUUUUUUCACUCGUCAAAAAUCACUUUUUCACUCGUCAAAUCACUUUUUCACUCGUCAAAUCGUCAAAAAUCACUUUUUCACUCGUCAAAUCGUCAAAAAUCACUUUUUCACUCAUCAGAUCACUUUUUUUCACUCGUCAAAAAUCACCUUUUCACUCGUCAAACAUCACUAAAAAUCACUUUCACUCGUCAAAAAUCACUUUUUCACUCGUCAAAUCACUUUCACUCGUCAAAUCGUCAAAAAUCACUUUCACUCGUCAAAAAUCACUUUCACUUUCACUCGUCAAAAAUCACAAAAUCACUUUCACUCGUCAGAUAUCACUUUUUUUCACUCGUCAAAAAUCACUUUUUCACUCGUCAAAAA